AGGAGUCGCGCAUCGUGUCUUGGCGAGGAGUCGCGGCGGCUGUCGAAAUUACCAGCCCAAAAACAAAUGCCCCAACUCCUGCAGAAACCCUAACCCUACCUCGCCUGCCAUGGAUCUUCUCCAGUCCUCGUACGCGCCGGACGACGAGGAGGCGGCGGCGGCGUCCUCCCCGGACUCGUCCCCUCUCCGCCUCCCCUCCAAAUCGGCUGCCCCCGCCGUCGACGACACUGCGCUGGCCCUCUCUGCCGCCGCCUCCACCUCCCGCCCGCUCGACCCCUCGCUCCACCUAGUCGCCUUCAACCCCACCGCCGACCAGCUCUGGGCACCCGUCCUCGGGCCCCAGCACCCCCACGCCCCCAUCUCCUCCGCAUCCGGCAACCGCAACCACAAGCUCGGCCACGUCGAGGAUGCCGCGGUCCUCCCCUUCCUCUUCGACGAGCAGUACAACACCUUCCACCGAUUCGGCUACGCCGCCGACCCCUCCGGCCUCCACAUCGUCGGCGACGCGCAGCCCAAGGCGCCCGACCCCGACACCGUCUACAACCUCCGCCCCUCCGAGCACAAGCGCCGCCGCCUCCAGUCCAAGACGGACAACCAGGACGAGGAGCCCCUCCCGCCGGAAGCCACAAACCCGGCCUCCGACGAGUGGAUCCUCCACAACAAGAAGAGCCCCUGGGCGGGCAAGAAGGAGGGACCGCCCGAAGAGCUCACCGACGAGCAGAGGCAGUACGCUGAGGCGCACGCCGCCAAGAAGGCUGAGAAGGAGGCCCGCGGCGAAGGGAAGGGAGAGAAGGCGGAGAUUGUGGUCAAGAGCACCUUCCACGGGAAGGAGGAGAGGGACUACCAGGGACGGUCGUGGAUCACGCCGCCCAAGGAUGCCAAGGCGACCAACGACCACUGCUACAUCCCCAAGAGGUGUGUGCAUGAGUGGGUCGGGCACACCAAAGGGGUCUCGGCGAUCAGAUUUUUUCCAAAGUAUGGGCACCUGUUGCUGUCUGCGAGUAUGGAUUGUAAGAUUAAGAUCUGGGAUGUGCUUGAGUCACGGACGUGUAUGCGCACAUACAUGGGGCACUCAAAGGCGGUGAGGGAUAUAUCGUUCUCCAAUGAUGGGACCAAGUUCUUGAGUGCUGGGUAUGACAGGAAUAUACAGUACUGGGAUACCGAGACAGGGCAGGUGAUCUCGACCUUUUCUACUGGGAAAGUCCCUUAUGUUGUGAAGCUGAAUCCUGAUGAGGAUAAGCAGCAUAUUCUCCUUGCGGGAAUGAGCGACAAGAAGAUUGUGCAAUGGGAUAUGAAAUCAGGCCAGAUCACGCAGGAGUAUGAUCAGCAUUUAGGGGCUGUGAACACCAUAACAUUCGUAGAUAAUAAUAGGAGGUUUGUGACGUCCAGUGAUGACAAGUCUCUUCGUGUGUGGGAAUUUGGCAUCCCUGUGGUGAUUAAGUAUAUCAGCGAGCCACACAUGCACUCAAUGCCAUCCAUUGCACUGCACCCGAACUCCAACUGGCUGGCUGCACAGAGCUUGGACAAUCAGAUACUGAUAUACAGCACAAAGGAGAGGUUCCAGCUUAAUAAGAAGAAGAGAUUUGCUGGCCACAUUGUGGCUGGUUAUGCUUGUCAGGUGAAUUUCUCUCCUGAUGGGAGGUUUGUAAUGUCAGGAGAUGGUGAGGGUAGUUGCUGGUUCUGGGAUUGGAAAAGCUGCAGGAGAUUUAAGACAUUGAAGUGCCACAACGGAGUUUGCAUUGGAUGCGAGUGGCACCCAUUGGAAACUAGCAAGGUUGCAACAUGCGGAUGGGAUGGUGUAAUUAAAUACUGGGAUUGAAUUUCGACAGGAAGAUUGCAUUAGAUGCUGGGGAAGGAGUUUACAACAAUCCAAUCCACAAGGACUGAACUUAAUGGGUUACUGUAAGUUAACAUGCUCGUUUAGAGAAACUUACUCUGAAGAGGGAGAACAAAAAUCUUCACGCUUCAUGGGAUACUGUAAGCUGCAUGCUCGUUUAGAGAAACUCAAUUUCAUGAAGCAGAAUUAUAGAUUGUGUUUUUCAGCCACUGUCGAGGUCUUUCUGCCCUUGCUAAAGGUUGUGAUACGGAUGGCACCAAUUCAAUUUUGAACUGUAUCUCACCGCUAGUAACUUGUUUUCAGUUUCUGUUCAUCUUGUUGAUUCCAACUUUUGUAGUACCUGAGAGGCAGGCUUGUAUACUUGAAAAGAAUGCUACUAGUUGCCCGUGCUUGUUAACAUAUGUAGCCGAUGUGUGGUUU